ACACUGCUCGUUCGAGUCACAGUUCGAGUGCAAGGUGACAGUGUGGCGCAGAACUGCAUGCGAGACACAUCUCUCAGCGAAGGCUUCAGUGGCUGAGCUGCUUAGUGGAGUGAAGUGAUUGGCGACAGGUGCGCAUGAAGUGAAUCCACUUUCUCCGACCGGUCUUUACGGACUUCAGCUGUCAUCAACCUGCUGCAGUCAAGAUGGCCGCAGUAAUGAUAUGUGCCGUGCCCAUUUUCUUCGUCGGAUUGUCGGCAAUCUUCCUAGAUCCCGACGUCAUUGUCAACAACGAAAUUGUUGAAAGUCUGUCGGGAUUUCCUGACACUCGAGGCUUACAUUCACCUUUUGGAAGCUAUUCAGGAGGACCCGACGGUCUCUCUUCAAAAACGCUGACCGCUGACAGAAUACUCAAAGAAGUGUUGCAGCGUUUUAAUGACCAUUCAGAAACCUUCCUUCGGCAUCAAGCACUGGUGGACGAGUUUAUCUUUGAGGCUACCUCUCACCUCCCUAGUCUGUCUCCAUUGUUCGCGAACGUGACAACCCACCAUGAUGGCAGCGCUUUUGAGGGCACCCGCGUCGUGGAGUUCGCCGAUUUCGACACAUACAUCAUGCUAAGCAGGGACGCGGUGCUGCGUUACUUCGAGCUGCGUCGUGGCGAAGAGGGACGCAUCUCUGCGCGACUUCGACCGGGUAUCAAUCGUGAAGACUUGCCGGCAGAUCUGGAGCGUAUGGUGAGGGAGGAUAACUAUCUGGACGCACGUCGCCUCAAGAGGUGGGUGUUCGAACGUCUCGAGAUGGUCUUGAGACUCACCGCCAAGGCACACCCGCAGCUGAGGGCUGCUGUGUACUCGACCAAAGGAGCAGCUGGGGUGGAUCUGAUCGCCCCUGACGGUGCCCGUCUCGAGGUCGACCUCGCUGCCCAGCUAGAUCCUCCUUCCAUGGACGGCAUGGUUCGUCCAGAGUCGACGAGACCGUGUGGCCUGGAGUUGGUUUCUACUGGUCAUCCGAUCCCGUGGAGUAUUUACAGCAAGCAAACUCUGAUUGCGCCGCCACAUCCGACUUCUUCUGGUACGACUUAUUGGAGACUUGUGUCAUCACCCACUACGUCCACACCUGUUUGGAAUGUCACUAGAGAUAGUGAAGUUCGUGGUACUGAUACCAUCCCAGGCGACGACGAAACUAGUCACUGGUUCGUCAUCAACUCGAUGCAACUUGAACGUGCCUUCCUGAGCAAGCAACCGCAGGUGCGCAACGUCAUCCGCAUCCUAAAGUUGAUCAGCAUGUCACGCAGCUGGAAGCAGCGUUUUGGAGUGGACUCAUUCGUUCUCAAGCACGUCGCCUUCUGGUCUUUCGCCGAAGACUGCGAAUCGUCAGCGUGGAGCAAUGUUGACGAACUUGCUUCGGCGGUUGUCUCUUCUUUGCGUACCUUCGAGAACGCGUUGCGGCGUGGCCGGAUGGAUAAGUUCUUCUCUAGUCCUCCAGCUGACAGUGUGUUCUUGUCGCUUAUUGGAGGACAAGCUACCCUGCGACACCUUGCCGAUGAGGUGCAUGACGUUGGUGACGUUCUUUUGGGGAAUGAUCAGGAUGCAAUUAGAAGUCUGCUUCGCAUCCUGUAGGCGAAAUUUAGCUAUAUGUUUGGUGAAUGGUAAUAAUCUUUUAAUACCGCUCUGAGCAAUCGGUGAUAUUAUAGAAUGAACCUGGAUAGUGUCAUUUGCUCACGCAGCAUUCAUUAACUAAAUAUAGCUGAUCGUAUGGUUUCUAUGCGCUUUGGAAAGGUUGAACAAGAAUACCUAUUCCAGGCACCGGGCAUAAUGCUUACACAAUUGUAGGCAUUACAUAAUGCAUGCUCGUCCAAGGCAUAGGUAGCCCUGUUCCUGUGAUGCUAUGAAAUGAAAAUAAAAUUGCAAUGGUGUGGUAUG